CACCAAGUGACACUUCUGCUGACUAUGAUUUUACUUAUCCGAAUAUUCCCAAUUGUGAAAUUGGAGAUGUUAUCAAAGUCUUUAUAGGGUCACAAUGGCUUACAAGCACCAAUACAAGGGGAAAAAAAGCGUGGGGAACUGAUAUCUACACUAGUGAUUCAAAUCUCGUUAUGGGAAAAUUAAAAUUAGAUUUAUCUGAGGCAUGGCCUGUGUAUGAUAUAAUUGUAACCCUAUGUUUCCUACCGGGACAACACAACUAUACUGGUUCAACUCGUCAGAGAAUAACUACAAAGAGUUAUGGUUUUUGGAGGUUAAGUUACAUUAUUGAAGAUGUUGAAACUAUUCCUCUUAAUUUUGCAUUCAUAGAAAAUUAUCAUUUGUCUUAA